AUGGCGGAAGUGUAUGUAGUGCCUGUGCUGGAGGACAACUAUGCGUAUGUGGUGCGUGAUGCUGCGACUGGACGGGGCUUUGUGGUCGACGGCGCAGGCGCCACGGCUGUGGCCGAAACGGUGGCGGCGACCAACACUCAGGUGGUGGCCAUUCUCUCCACGCACCACCACUGGGACCAUGCUGGGGGCAACAUCGAGCUCAAGGAGCUGUAUCCCGAGGCGGAGGUCUAUGGUGGCGACGAUCGGGUUGAUGGUGUGACGCAGAUCAUUGCCGGCGGUGUCAUCGAUCUCGGCGGCGUGCUCCGGAUCGAGGUCCGCGCCUCGCCGUGCCACACCACCUCGCAUCUGCUAUACAUCCUCCCGGUCUGUGCCGUGUUUGGCGGGCGGACAGGCGCCGAGGGCGAGCCAGAGGUGUUUGAGGAUGCCCCGCUUGGCCUGUUCUGCGGCGACACGCUGUUUCUCGGUGGCUGCGGCAAGUUCUUUGAGGGCACCGGCGCACAGAUGGAUGCCGCGCUCAACGGCGAGGCCGCCAUCGGUUCGCUGCCGGACUCGACGCUUGUUCUCUGCGGACACGAGUACUCGGUGGGCAACCUCACAUUUGCGGCUGCUUUUGAUGGCGGGAACUCGGCGGUGAGCGACAAGCUGGUGUGGUGCAAGGCCCAGCGCAAGGCUGGCAAGCCAACCAUCCCGUCGACGCUUGGCGAGGAGCGGCAGUACAACCCGUUCAUGCGCGUCCGCGUGCCAGAGAUCAUGGCCAAGGCCAACUCCAACGAUGCCGCCGAAGUCAUGGCCUAUAGGAAGGACACUAUGGACGCCAAUGCCCCGCAAGAGAUGGAGAUUGUCGACAUGGACGAGGCCAAGCCGACAACGCCCGCAGAGCGCAAGACGACGCCGUUUCUGACAAAGUAUGAGAGGGCCCGUGUGCUGGGUACGCGCGCUCUGCAGAUUUCGAUGGGUGCGCCUAUCAUGGUCGAGCUUGAUGGUGAGACGGAUCCGCUUCACAUCGCAAACAAGGAGCUCAAGGCAAGGAAGAUCCCGCUCACCAUCCGUCGCUACCUCCCGGAUCGCUCGUACGAGGACGUGAACGUCUCGGACCUGAUCAUCACCUAA